AUGGAUUAUGAUUCCAAAGUUUUGAAAGCUCGACAGAAACGUUCGUUGGCAGAAACACAGGCACGCAAAAAGGAUUGGCGUAUUAGUAUUGCGUUGACGCUGUGGGCUUGUUAUAUCCGGCUGUGGAAGAUAAGUCAACCUAGUUCGGUCGUUUUUGAUGAAGUACACUUUGGUGGUUUUGCUAGUAAAUAUAUCAAAACUCGGUUCUUUAUGGAUGUGCAUCCACCACUGGCAAAGAUGUUGAUUGCCUUAGUCGCGAAAUCAUUUGGAUUUGAUGGAUCCUUUGACUUUAAGGAUAUUGGAAAAGAUUAUCUUGAACCUGGUGUGCCAUACGUCCCCAUUCGCGUAUUUUGUGCAUUGAAUGGUAUAUUGACUGUACCCAUCGCCUAUUGGACCUUGAGGUCCGCCGGUCAUUCUGUCGCAGCGGGUGUUGUUGCAGCCUUGAUGGUCUGCUAUGAAAACGGCCUUAUUACCAACAAUCGUCACAUCCUUCUCGACCCUAUCCUUUUGUCAUUUACUGCAGCAACCACACUGGUGUGGAUCAACUUUUAUAAUCAAAAAAAUCGACCGUUCCAAUUUUGGUGGUAUUUCUGGCUGGCACUUACUGGACUUGGACUGGGUCUGACCGUAAGCUGUAAAUGGGUGGGCUUAUUCACAAUCGCUACCGUGGGCGUUUCCACCAUGAAGAACCUUUGGGAAAUCUGGGGAGAUACACGGACUCCUAUCCCUGUCUUUGCACGUCAUUUUGGUGCGCGUGCUGUAUGUUUGAUAGCUAUCCCCAUCAUCACAUAUAUGAUCAUGUUCAGUAUUCAUUUCCAUUCGUUACCAAACAGCGGUGAGGGCAAUGGGUUCAUGUCGCCCGAGUUUCAACAAACGUUGGCAGGACACAAGUUGGCGGAUACUCCCAUUGAUGUUGCAUAUGGAUCCAAGGUUUAUAUACGGCAUAUGGCCACACGUGGUGGUUAUCUACACUCUCAUCCUCACAACUAUCCCAGUGGAAGCAAACAGCAACAAGUAACGCUCUAUCCGCACCGCGAUACUAACAACUGGUGGACGAUCUAUAAAAAGGAGUCUGAGGAAGCUACUGGGAUUGAAUACGUGAAGCAUGGUGAUGUCGUGCGUUUGGUACAUCCAGAGUCGAACAAGCGACUGCAUUCCCAUGACCAUCGACCUCCGGUGACAGACCUCGAGUAUCACAAUGAAGUCAGCGCAUAUGGUUUCCCAGGCUUUGACGGUGAUGCCAACGACUAUUGGCGCGUCGAAAUUGUCGAUCAUGAUAAGCGUGAUCCUGAUUCCAAAGAGAGACUACGCACCUUGCACUCCAAAUUCCGGCUUGUGCACGUUUUGCGCAACUGUGCGCUUUUCUCACAUUCUGUCAAACUUCCUGAUUGGGGAUGGGGUCAGCAGGAAGUAACCUGUAUCAAUAACGGCAAGCUUCCAAAGACCAUGUGGUACAUUGAAUCCACCGAGAAUGAGCAAUUGCCUGCCGAUGCAGAAAAGGUCAACUACCGUCGUCCUGGCUUCUUGUCCAAGUUUCUCGAACUGAACAAAGUAAUGUGGGACGUGAACAAGGGCUUGACUGCAUCCCAUCCAUACGAUUCACGCCCCGAGGUAACGCGCAAUUAA